AUGUUCGCGAAGGCUUUCACCAUUGCCACUCUGGCUUCUUAUGCCAGUGCUCACAUGCUCAUGGCCGAGCCUAAACCUUAUGGAAGCCCUGACAACAGCCCCCUCGAGGCUGAUGGCUCUAACUUUCCCUGCAAGGGAGCAGUCAACGACGGUGGAUCGAGCAACACCUACAAGGCAGGCAGCACUCAGCAGCUCUCCUUCAUCGGCUCAGCCGUCCACGGUGGAGGUUCAUGCCAAGUCUCUCUUACUACCGACAAGAACCCUACCAAGGACUCUGUCUGGAAGGUUAUCCAUUCUAUUGAGGGAGGUUGUCCUGCUAAGAACCAGGCAGGCAACUACCCUGAGAAUGCCAACCUUGAUAACCCCGACAAGUACGAUUUCAAGAUUCCCGAGGAGUUGGCUGCCGGUGACUACGUGCUCGCAUGGACCUGGUUCAACCACGUUGGAAACCGCGAGAUGUACAUGAACUGUGCUGCUGUUAAGAUCGAGGGUGAAGGUGGCUCUAAGGACCACUUGGACUCUCUUCCUGACAUGUUCGUUGCCAACAUUGGCAAUGAGUGCGAGACACCUCCUGAUACCGAUCUCGCUUUCCCCAACCCCGGUAGCUCUGUCAGCAAACUCAAGUCCACUCUCACUGACCCUAAGGGACCUGGAUGCCAGAAGCCCGGCUCUGGCUCUGGCUCUGGCUCCGGUGGUGGUUCCGGUGGAAGCGCCCCCGAGCCUUCCACCCCCGCCGCUGAGCCUUCCACUCCUGCUGCUGCUCAGCCUACGCAACCCGCUACUACUCCCGCCCCUGGUACCGGAUCAGGCUCCGGUGAUGGUUCCAACGGUGCCCCCGAGAUCCCUGGCGGUGCUUUCAUCACUGUUUCCAAGCCUGCUGCAUCUCAGCCUUCUGCUACACAAGCCCCUGAAGCCCCUGCUACUCCCGAGACCCCAGACAACGGUUCCGAUGAGGGAUCUGGCUCUGGCUCUGGCGAAGGAUCCGGCUCUGGUGAAGGCAAAAACGGCGGUAACUCCGGCUCCGCUCCCGACUCCGGGUCUGGCUCUGGCUCCGGCGGAUUCCCUGCUGGCAGUGCUUGCACAACUGAGGGUGAAUGGAACUGCAUUGGCGGUUCUUCUUUCCAGCGCUGUGCUAGCGGCACAUGGACUCCUUCUCAAGGACUCUCCUCUGGCGUUACCUGCACUCCCGGACAAGGUGCUGAUAUCAGCAUGGCUGUUAAGCGUGGCAACAGGAGCAUGCGCCGAGCUCAGCGCUCUUAA